AUGUCUGCCCCCCACCACAUAUAUGUCCCGGAUACCCCUCCUCAGGCCUCUAGCCCUCCGCUCAUGCAGCCACCUCUGCCCGUGCAACCACCUCUGCUCAUGCAGCCAACUCCACCAGCUGGCCAUACACCGACUAACCACAUAUCCUUCACCCCUGCUCCUGCCAGCGGCUUCCCAAAAGUCCAAGGUUGGACCAAAGAUGCCACCUGGUUCAACCUCUCUAGUACAGUUGAAACAAGCCGGACAAACAUCACCAUGCCGAAAUGCUACUUCAUCACCGGAAACCCAGACAUCAUGCUGUCACCGCCCGUCCUAACCCGAGGAAAAGCAUAUGGAGAGAAGGAACCCUAUACUGAGAAUCACAUCAACCCCUUCCUCUUCUGCCUAUCGAACAUCACUGAGCACGAGCAAGACUCUCUACUAUCCCAACGAUGCUGGUCAUCGGACAUUAUCACCUUCUUUGCCAUCACAACGAAUCCAAAGCCGUACUCCUACCUCCUCAUGCUCCACAAACUCACCUACCCUGACACAGAUGCUGGGGCUGAAGGGGUCUGCAAAGUGGUCAGAGCUGCACUAAGGCACUCUCCCAACAUCAGGACCUUUAUCACAACCAACCGGGAUGCCCUCUCAUCUACCCUAACAACUGAUGAAGCGCUUGAGGUUGUCGUAUCCUCUGUCCGAGCCAAAAAGCUGGACAUCAUAGUCACCGCAGGUCGAAAGGAACGCACCUGGGCAAUCUAUGCUAAACCCCCCACGGACAUGUUCAACUUCCACUGGCCCUGGCGCAACCUCAUCGUAUCCCUCCCCUUUGAUGCAGCUAUAGCAACACAUGGUGUGGGCAUCCCCUACCCCAAGGACCACAGAUGUAAUAUCUGUUAUGCUGUUGACCACCCGACCCCACUCUGCCCAUUCCCCCUCAUACUGGGAUGGCAUGGACCCUCUCUCCUGACAAACAGUCGAGCCACUGAGACCAAAGAGGAGCCAUCAGCACUGCAAGUACUAGAUAUCCAUCACACUCCAGCACAGGACAACCGUGGAGGGUGA